GCUACUCAGGAGAAACGAAAUGAUCUGCCCUGGAGCCGCAGCAAAAUGCUGGAUGGACACCUACUCCUGGGAUGGUUAUCGUUCACAGUUAUAGUGUAUCUUCUCAACUUGCCUGGACCAACCGCAGCAUAUUUCGGGUUGACAGGUAAUGAACCGUUGUCUAUCCUGCCACUGAACUCUUUACCAGAGGAGAACGUGGGCAGGGCCCACUACAAGCUGUGCGACCGGCUCAAACUGGAAAAGAAGCAGCGCAGGAUGUGCAGACGAGACCCGGGCGUGGCGGAGACCCUGAGAGAGGCCAUCACCAUGAGCGCCCUAGAAUGCCAGUAUCAAUUCCGCUUUGAGAGGUGGAACUGCACCUUAGAGGGCCGACACCGAGCCAACAUACUAAAAAGAGGAUUUAAAGAGACAGCUUUCUUGUAUGCCAUCUCCUCGGCGGGCCUGACCCACGCAAUGGCCAAAGCUUGCAGCGCGGGACGCAUGGAGCGCUGCACGUGUGACGAAGCCCCGGACCUGGAGAACCGCAAGGCGUGGCAGUGGGGAGGCUGUGGAGACAACCUCAAAUACGCCAACAAGUUUGUCAAGGACUUCCUGGGCAAACGCUCCAACAAGGACCUGCGCGCACGCGUGGACAUGCACAACACAAAUGUGGGCAUGAAGGUAAUCAAGGCCGGAGUGGAGACCACUUGCAAAUGCCACGGCGUCUCCGGCUCCUGCACCGUCCAGACCUGCUGGAGGCAGCUCCUGCCCUUCCACGAGAUCGGCAAGCAGCUGAAGCAGCGCUACGAGACCUCCAUUAAGGUCGGCAGCUCCACCAACGAGGCCACGGGGGAGGGAGAGAUCUCCACAGGGCGGAGCCAGCAGCAGCAGCAGCAGCAGCAACAGCAGCAGCAGCAGCCCCUGCCUGGCCUGAACGAUCAGAUCCCUCGCACUAUGGACUUGCUCCACAUCGAGGACUCGCCCAGUUUCUGUAGACCCAGCAAGUACUCGUCGGGCACGGCGGCCCGCAAGUGCUACAAGGACAAGAACUGCGACGCUAUCUGCUGCGGGCGAGGCCACAACACUCAAAGUAGAGAGGUGACCCGGCCCUGCCAGUGCCAGGUGCGCUGGUGCUGCUACGUCGAAUGCAAGCAGUGCACACAGAGAGAAGAGGUCUAUACCUGCAAAGGGUAAACCCUGUCAGCCCCUGCGGUCAGUGGAGCAAGUGAAAGAUGGUUGUGUUGAAGAGGAGUGGCUGUUAUGUUCUCAAAUAAGGUUUUGCUUCCACUGUCGGAACAGUGUUCUGCAAACAAAAGAGGAGUGAGCCGAUGGAGAAGCAAUAAGCACUUUGAGGGAUUUCUGUGGGUUGGGUUUCAGAGGUCCUGUGGCCCCUGUGUGUGUCUGGGGUUUGCAGAUCCAUAAAAACCUUCUCAGACAACUGGGUCAACAUCUCAAGCCUUUUUCUUGUCUUUUUUUAUCACGGCUUUGCCUUGAAGAGAGAAGCUUUUAUUUUCCUAUUCAAAAAUCAAAUUUUUUCACAGAGUUUAGCGUCCAGUCAAUAAGGAUCCAACACAAGGACAGUAACACCAACAGACUGGUUUCUGGGGUCUAUCCCAAAGAAGAAUGGUGUGUGUGUGUGUGUUUGUCAAUCUUUACAUGUGUGUGUUUGUACGUGAGCAUGUGGUAGAUAGUUGGGGGGUGGGGGUUUCAAAUGACGACUUUUAUGGCAAUGAAAACCAUAUUCAGAGACUGCUAAAAAAAAAAAAAAAAAGACAGGGUGUAAGAUUUACUCUACACGCACAUAUUUACACUCACACACAUUGUGUGUUUGCAUAUGUAUGUAAAUAAAUUCAGUUAUAUUGUAAUGAUAUUAUACAAGCCACUUAUCUAACUAUGUUAAAACAAACCACUAACCACACAAAUGUUUUGUUGUUUGUGUGCUCUCGCUCGUUUUUCUUCUUGAUUCAUGUCGACGAGGCCCUUUGGAAAGCAGCACACUUGUGUCCAUUGUCUUGCUGUGGAUAAUUUAUAGAUCCUUUGGGACUACUCCUUCACAGGGAGAAAAAUAAGAUCUCUUUUCUUUAAUAAUAUAAUAUGAAGCUGUUAGUAAAUGCAUUAACAGAAAAUAACUAAACCAGUCAGUUUAGGCUAUUCUCGGCCUUGAGCGAACCAGUGUUCAGGGAAUAACUUAAACCACUAUAACUAGUAUUUGGAUAAAAUAGGAGAGGAAAAGUGCAAAUACAAAUAAUAUCCAAGUUGGAGAUGACAGUGGCCUUGUUAGUACAGCCAACAUCAUUACAACAGGUGAUCACUUGACCAGCAAACGGUCCACGUGUGACUCACAUCAGAAAUUGUUGAGCUCCGCAGAGCUUAAAUCUAUAUUUUUUUGUUUGUUUAACUUUUAAUACUUUGAAGUUGUAAACAAAACUGUGGAGAACUGGAGGAAUGUAGCCCCCUACCAUUUCACAUCCUUCUUUCCUCUUCAGCUGCCAUGAUUUGAUUGAGCCAUAUUCAACACAUGGAGACGGUCAGUCCAAACAGUAUGGGGCGACCGAGACAGAAAUCUAACUUGACGUGUCUGCAGAGUUGCUCAAGUGAAGAUGAAUGCGCAAGUCUCAUAGCUAAUAUAAAUAUAUUUUAUAAGACUAAUAUUUGUGUAAUGUUCGGCAAAUUGAUGUCUGAAUGCAAACACUGGGGUUUUGCAUGUCAGAAGUCAGUGAAAUUGUUCAAUUGUUGCUCGGCACAACAGUGACACAGUUGACACACAUACCCUGCCAUGCAACUACGGUGACAGUUUAAAGGAACAGUUAGGCGGUUUGUGAAAUACUCAUUCACUUUGUUCAGUUAUAUGGUUUAUACCGCUCCAAUGUUUGAGGCUACAGCUAGAACAGUUAGCUUGCUUUAGCAUAAAGACUGGAAACACAAGAUAAAACAUGCUAAUCAACAGAGAUGUAGACUCGAGUCACAGGACUUGGACUUGAGUCACACUUGAGUCACAUAUUUGAUGACUUUAAACUCAACUUUAAAAUCAAAUGACAAAAUAAAAAGACUUGCGGCCUGACUUGGACUAUAACACCUAUGACCCUCAUGAUUUGGACUUUAGCCUUUUGACUUGAAAAUACCUCAUAAUUUUCCCCCAAGCCCAAAGAUUUAAAAGAAACCAACAAAUUAAUUAAUUUCCCAUCAUUUACUGAAUCAACUAAUGCUAGCGCUGUUCAUUCCCAGCAAGUUGAUGCUUGAAUUUCCCACAUUCACUUUGUUUGAGCCAAUCUGACUGUAUCCAAAUCAAGUUGCAGGAAAGAACCAUGAGGAACUAACAGUUCUGCAAAGUUGUGGGUCUAAAAUUACAGAUGGAAAUGCAACAACCUCCAAGAAACUUGUUUUAACAAAUAAGUAAAAAAAAAAUUAAAAAGCAUUCAUGAUUUUCGUAAAUCAAAUGUAUAACUACUCAUUACGUUUGGUGAACACAUUAUGACUUGUUCGGGACUUGACCCACGAAAUUUAGAGCUUGGGACUUCCCAGUCUUGACUUUGGACUUGCCACUCUUAAUCAGUGAGAUUUAAGGCCCAGACACACCAAACCGUCGCCUCACGUCAGGGUCAUCCAAAAAGUUGCACAUGAACACUUUGCAAAGACUAAAGCCAACAGCUAACUGGCAUGUAUGUUCUGCACCUACUUGAGAGGAAGUAACUCUCCAUACCAGCAGACGUCUGUGGUCUGUAUUCCUCAUUGAAAAGGGGAGCUGGAAGACCGUCUUAUGCUAGUUAGCUAGUUAGCACAUUAACAACGCAAUCUAAGCAUAUUUACUGCGUGCAAGUGAACAAUAACAGCAACAUAACAGUGGCUAAGGAAAAAUAAUCUUACCUUAUUUAACAAGUUUGAUUUGGUCUCACUCCCCUGAUUUAAGCUGUUUUUUUUUAACUUUCCUGAAUUCUGUUUCUACUCUUGUGCGCUAAGCUGAACCGCCAAUCAGAGUGAUUUCACUCCAUCGUCGCUGAUUCGGCAGAACAAAAAGCUGACAGGGGCCGACAAGGGGCAAAAGCGCGGGACACACCACACUGAUGAGGGCAACAGACGCUCACCAACAUCUACUAUGGUGUGUCAGGGCCUUUAGAGUUGCAAUCCUGGCUGCUUCCCCGUUUCCAGUAUUUAUGCUAAUCUAACUGGCUGCUGGCUGUAGUUUCAUAUUUACCCGACAGAUAUGGGAGUGGUACUGAUCUUCUCAUCCAACUCUUGGCAAGAAAAUGAAUAAGCUCAUUGCCCAAAAUGUCAAACUUUUGCUUUGAGACAUAACCAUGAAGUCAAAGGUUUAAUUUUCUGACAAAUGCCUCUGAACACACAAACAAUGCAGACAAUCAUAUUUCAUUGUAUUCUCAGCUCAUAGCCUCUGGGAACAUUAUGUUAUAUACUAUAAGAUAUGCCUUGUUUUAGAUGGGUGUGAAUUAACUACUGAGUGAGGGACCCAGCUUUGUAUUAUAGCGCCAUUCACGCACUGAAGCCCAAAAGCCCUUUAAAGUAUUUUAAGAUCUGUAUUUAUGGAUACAGUGCAGUGCAGAUUUUUUUUUUCUAUUAAAUUGUAAAUAGCAAAGGUUUCUUCUCCUGUGGUAUAGAGACAAAAGUGAGGCACAUGUUCAACUCUCACAAGCAACUGAAACAGAAAUUGGUAGCAGUACGAAACGCAAGAGACAUUUGUAGAAACAGCGCGCAGCUGUUGAACAAGACGGUUACAGAUUGUAAUCAGCGAUGCAGCACCAUGCCAGAUGUCCUUAAAAGUGGCUUUUACCUUUUAACAGAUGGUUUAUACUUCAAAGAUGAUUAUCACUAUAUUUGAAAUUAAAGCACCGUCCUCGACAGCAGUAUCAUGCUUUAGGAGGGGAGCCUUGCAUGGGUUAUUUGUCCUGAGGAGAUGAAUUCCAAGCAUUUUGAUAUGAGAAGGCAUGCCAAAUAAAGACUGGUCAAAACAUAUACAUAGAACUUUGCACGCUACAUGGAAAC